UAAUCCCCCUCCUCUUCUGUCCUGUGUGAAAUCUUGACCGCGCCAGGCAGAGACUGUUCAGUACGCUACUCUCUCUUGCACCGUUAACAUCCACAGGAAACCUGAUUGAGCGUUGGAUAAAGAAAAAAACAGUUGAACAGUUCAAAAAUAUUCAGCACACUAUAAUGACUUAAAUAUGGAGGAUUGUACAUGUUUUUAAAGUGAUUAGACAAAACUAUAUUAUAUGUGUAAAAGCAACCCUGAACAGACUUGUUAAGUAGGUCAACAGCAACAUGAAGUUGAUUAUCCUGCCCUGCCUUCUUCUUCUUCUUCAGGGAGUACACAAGGCUUCAGCUCAGGAUCAGGAGCAGAGACAAGAUCUACCUCCUCCAAGGAGACCACAACAGUCCGGAGGGUUUGGUUCUUUUCUUUCAGGACUGUUAGGGUCUGUUACAAAGACAGCUAGCGUUGACAGUUGUCCUGGUAAAUGUAUUCAUUCCCUUGCUUCUCUCAUCUGUGACGAUGUAAGAGAGGAGGUGGAGUGCCCCUCCCCUAAUAUGAGAUGCUGUGUAGAAAAGGGGGCUCCACUCCCUUCUCUCGGAGAAGAAAAUAACAAAAAGAAAGAUAAAUCAUCUGAGACAUCAGAUGAAGAGAAAAAUACAUCAGAGGAAGAGGUAUCUGAUCAGAAGGAUGACAAUAAAGAAGAGGUCGCAAAACCAGAUGAGGAGGAGGAUGUGACACAUAAACCUAAGAAAAGAAGAAGGAAGAAUAAAAACACAACUACUACCACAACAACAAUUACCGAAGUUACAACAACAACUGCAGAACCAACAACAAGUCAAUCUAAAAAGCAGGAUGAUGAUUAUGAUGAUGAUGACUAUGAGUACACGUCACCGGGAAAUAGCUCUGAAGCGAAAAGCUGUCCUGGAGUAUGUGUUGCAGACCGUAUAUCUUGCUUUUGUGAGGCAAUUCUUAACGUUACAGAGUUAUGUAAAGACGACCUUCGUUGCUGUGUUGCUAAGAAGAUCUUUUCAGAUGAUGAUGCUCCAAAAGAGCUAAUCAUUCCCAAAGAGGAUCCUCGCUGUGGGAACAAGAAGGAAACAAAUCUAAAGGAAAAGGUUACAGAAGAAGAAAAACAGGAUAAUGAAGAGAAGGUGGAACAAGUUAAGGACAAUGAUCUAGAGAUGAUGGACACCGCUGAAAGCAUUACAUCUGAGGUUAUUAAUAAGGAUGAAGAGAAGAAAGAGAAAAUAAAAGAGGAAAAAAAGGAGACAGUCGAACCUGAAAUUCCAGAAGAGAAAAGAUGUAAAGGUACUUGUGUAGCUGGUUUUUUCGCCCUACUCUGUGAUGCUGUAGAUAAAAACGGGGAAUGUCCUGGCAAGGGGAAAUGUUGUAUAAACAAACCUCCACCUACCCCUACCCCUGGAAAACGAACUAGACCUACUCAACCAUCAAGUCCAAAACCCCGUCCUUCACCACCUGCAAACCGGAAUGAGGGUAGAAAAUGUCCUGGAGUUUGUAUUCCCAAUGUUAUGUUGGGUCUCUGUUCUUCUCCAUCCAAAAUUGUAUCAGGAACAAAUACAUGUUCAUCAGACUCCUUCUGCUGUGACCAUGGACAGGGUGGACUAGACCGUGCCGAACCUGUUCUCCAAGCACCAAUUCGGCCUCAACCACAAAAACCUUCUCGACCUCAGCAGCCACCACGACCUUCAGGACCUGAUUUCACACAGUUGCUUCUCAGUGCUGCUCCUGCACUGAUAGGAGCUGCCAGUGGCUCCCAGAGUACUGCACAGACAAUAUCCUCUCUUAUGCCCCUAUUGGGGCCAGUUUUAUCAGGUAUGCUAGCACCAAAACAACCUCAACAACCUAUAAAUAAUAGGAUCCAAAGACCCCCUCCCCCAACAAGGCCCACACCACCUCCUACUACAACAACCACACAACCAACAACCACAACUACUGAAAUUCCAGACGAUCGAGAAGAAUGUCCAGGCACAUGCAUUGCUCCUUACCUGUCAUUCACAUGUUUUGGUAACGCGGAGACCACUGAAAUCUUUAAGUGCACUAAAAGGAAGACCAUUUGCUGUUCUCCUAAGUCAGCGGUUAAAAAAGUCCAGGAAUCUCUUUUCCGAGCUAACUUUCCUACCAUGAAUGAGGGUCAGCAAGGACAACAGAGACGCCCUCAGACACAGGGGCGCCCUCCGCUUCGCCCUCCACCUAUACGGAGAAACUAUACCAAUGAACAGCGUCCCUACAAUCCAUAUGAAGAUGCUGAUGAGGAAGCUAUCGAUUACGAUACCUAUGAUCCAUAUCCAUUCCCUGUCACCUCUACCAAUGAGAGACCUGAGUUAAGAUACCCAGUGACGAACAAGUAUGUGUGUGGUGUAAAGGGAACACACAGGAAGGGACGAGUGGUAGGUGGGGAUGAUGGUGCACCUGGAGAAUGGUGUUGGCAGGUUGCUCUAAUUAACUCUUUAAACCAGUAUCUCUGCGGAGGAGCUCUCAUUGGGACACAAUGGGUGCUCACAGCGGCUCAUUGUGUUACAAACAUUGUCCGUGCUGGUGACGCAAUUUAUGUCCGGGUUGGAGAUCAUGAUCUAACACAGAAGUUUGGAUCUCCGGGUGCUCAGACUCUAAGGGUGGCAACAACAUACAUCCAUCACAACCAUAACAGUCAGACCCUUGAUAAUGAUAUUGCUCUUCUAAAACUUCACGGAGAGGCCGAACUGAAGGAGGGAGUUUGCCUGGUUUGCCUACCUGCUCGUGGUACAAGCCAAGUUACUGGCAAAAAGUGUACAGUCACGGGAUACGGGUACAUGGGAGAAACUGGACCUAUCCCUCUACGUAUUCGAGAGGCUCGUGUUCCUAUCGUUAACGACAACGAGUGUGUAAGGAAGAUCAACAGCGUGACAGAGAAGAUUUUUAUUCUUCCCGCCAGCAGCUUCUGUGCCGGAGGAGAAAAGGGUCACGACGCUUGUCAGGGAGACGGAGGAGGUCCUUUAGUUUGUGAAGAUUCUGGCUAUCACGAACUGACGGGUCUUGUCAGCUGGGGAUUCGGGUGUGGUAGGAAGGAUGUUCCAGGAGUUUAUGUCAAGGUUUCAUCUUUCAUCGGUUGGAUCAACCAGAUAAUAUCAGUCAAUAACUCAUAGUUUUAAAAUCAGAAUAACCCCCUUGCAGACUGACUUUCUUGAAUCUCGGGUCUAAAAAGCUGUCUACCUAACAAUUCCGAGCACUCUUCAAAGCACUUGAUUCCAAUAAACUAUAAAAUAAGUGGCAAGAAAUAUGUGGCAAUCGUGCUAAUCAUGUUGGCCUGAAGAAAAAUAGCUUUUUGCUUCGAAAAUUAUCCAGUUUCCCGGAAAGGGUUUCUCGGGUGUUGGAAUUUUUUUUUAAAUCAGGAAAUCAAAGGAGUCUAUUUUUUGUGAUAUGACUGUUAUCUUCUAUGUGUACAUAACAGAUUUUUUACGUUAAGUAACUAGAAAAUUAUUGAAUGAUUGUCGUCAUCUUGCUUUCUUUUCAUUCUAGAUUUUGCCUUUGAUUCUAAAAUGUAAAUGUAAAUAUAAAUGUUUUGUUUAAGGCACAAUUCUAGAAAUAAUUCUGUCGCAAACUACUUAUUUCUUAGCGUUAGCGACAUUUUAUGCUCAAAGAAAAUAAACACAUUCUACUGUUUUCUAGCUACUCCUUUGCUCAGUGUCUUAAAUUUUUAUUACAUUAUUUUUUUUAAAUUGUUACAAAUGUCUUCAGCAUUAAAUGCUUUUAUGGAAUGGUUAAAACAUGAAUUUAUUUAAAAUUUACAAUGGACUGCAUUCAUAAUGCAUUAGUUUCUGAAUGUAAAAACAGUACAGUUAGAACCAGUUGAACAUUUGUAACUGUCGAAUUCAAAUAUGCCAAAUUAUCAUUUAUUUGUAAUGAAAAAUUCUAAUUUUCAACAGCAAUAUUUCUGCUGAUCUUUCUUUUAUUAAUGCUUUUUUUCUUUUGGGGCCUUAUACACAUAAAUUCUGAAAUUAUAAAACAUUAUCAAGCUUUCUCCCAUUUCUUCCAUGGUGAUGGGAUAAGCUCUAAAGUCGUCUUCCAAUGGAAUAGAAUUAUGCAAAAUUGUUCCUUAAAUGUUUAUUUCUCAAUCUCUUGUACAUACAACAAUUUGAAACAAUAAAUAGAAAAAAUGUA